AACUGGAUUCCUUCUCUUUUCUUCUUAGCUUCUCCCCCAAAUCAUCAAUACACAACACCCUCCCUCUCUAUAUAUAUUUUGGUGUCACCAUUCCUUCAUCCACUUAAUUCAUUAUAUCUCCAUCUGACUCCACACAACACAAAAUUAGAUCUCAUUCUCCAUCUCUAAUAUUUCUUUAUGAGAUAUGACAUGUACUGGGUGGCUUUGUUCUCUACGACCAACAACAGGUGGACCACGGAAAGAAUGUGAGGAAGAUGGCUUGUGCAAGAGGCCAAACGUGAAUGAAGAAUAUCUUGAAGCAUUCAGAACAAAGUCAUAUAUCGAAAUAUGCAACAAAGCGCAAGGACAACUUGGAAAGACCAGCACCAAAAGACUUUCUUCCGCUUCCUCUUCAUCUCCUCUUCCUUUAUGCAUUCAGCUUACCGAGUAUUUGCUCGAACCCCGCCAAGAAAUCAUAGCAAACAUGACACAAAGUUUGAAGGUGCACCAUCUUCUUGUGGACUACUUCGAAGCUAGCUUAGAAGCAUGUCGUUGUUGUGACACAAUCCUUCAAGCUAUCCAUUCAAUGCGACUUUCUUAUCGACGAAUCACACGGGUUGUUAAGUUAAGCAAAACAGUGCUUGAUUACAAUGAUUAUGAUGCCAAUGGCCUAACCCACAAGGAUGAUAUUUAUAGAGAUCUUGCUUCCUUUGCUUUGCAAAACAACCCUUUGUCCAUUGUUAGCACCACGCAGUUCCCUGACAUACACGACAGAUACAUGCAACUCCUUCAUAGACUAAAAUCAAAGAGAAGGGAAAUUCGAAGAAAAUUGACAUUGAAGAGGGUUUGCAAGAACAUUGGAGGAAUUGUUCUUUUGACUUCACAUAGUGCUGUUUUAAUUGCUUUAUUAGUCUUUUCUUUCCAUAGCAUAGUUGGGUUGGUGGCUGCACCAAGCAUUGUGGGUGGCUUGGUUGGUUUAUUCAUGAAGAAAACAAAGAGGGCACGUGAGAGUCUGAGCACAAGCUCUUCGGAGAGGCUAUGCGAGCAACUUGAUGUUGCUGCAAAAGGGAUUUAUAUACUGAUCAAUGAUUUGGAUACUAUGAAUAGGAUGGUGAAGAGGUUACAUGAUGAGGUGGAGCACAGGAAAAUGAUUGCUGAUGUUUGUGUGAGGAAUGGAAAAUGUGAAAUAUUGAAACAGGUUAUGAGGGAAUUUCGUGAGCAUGAGUCUAGCUUUUUGGAGCAGUUGGAAGAGCUUCAGGAACAUAUUUACUUGUGCUUUCUCACCACAAAUAGAUCCAGAAGGCUUCUUGUGCAAGAAAUUACAGAGAAAAAUCAUUGAAGAACAAUUACACACAACUCUUCCUUCCGGCUGAUACAAAUUUGAGAAAAAUUUUCAAAGUCUUAAGUUACUUCCAUAUAUAUAUAUAAAUAUAUAUAUAUAUGAAGCUUCUGCGCAAGCUGUCACAGUGCAUGAAGGUUUCACAACUCAAAAGGGUCUCUUCCUUUCCUAUGGCAAGGUGGUUUUGAUGACUGUUCAUUAAUGCUUCAAAUUUUAUUAUUAUUUUUGUUUCGUUCAAUUUUCCUUACCAGAAACAUAUAUAAGUUUGUGAAAGGUCAAAUAAGUUAAAAAUCAAAGGUUCAUGUCAACUAAAAGAUCUUAU